AUGAAGAUCAUCUGGACUUUCACUCUGCUGAUGAUUCCUGGUGUGCUGAGCUCCAUCAGUGUGACAGGAUAUUCAGGAGGAGGAGUCAGCAUCACAUGCAAAUAUGAGAGAAAAUAUACAGAAAAUGCUAAGUAUUUUUGUAGAGGACAGUGGUCAGAGUGCACAGACCAAAUCAAGACUGAAGAGAAAAACAAAUGGGUUCAUUCUGAAAUAUUCUCUCUGUAUGACGACACAAGAGCAGCAGUUUUCACUGUGACCAUCAGAGAUCUGAGUGAACGGGAUUCUGGGACGUACCAGUGUGGAGUUGAUAUUUAUGCAAAAGUAGAUUCCUACACUGAAGUGAAUCUGAAUGUUAUAACAGCUGCUUGUUGUGAGAAGAGCAUCAGUCUAUCAGCUGCUGCAGGAGGAUCUGCGAACAUCAGCUGCAAAUACCCACAAUCCCACAGUGCUGAUGUGAAGUUUGUCUGCAGGAGAUCUGAAUCUGAUCUCUGUGCUGAAGAGACGUCUGUGAAGAAGAGCAGAAGAUGGAGCGCUGAGGGACAGAUGCAGCUGUAUGAUGACAGAGAGCAGCAGCUCCUGACGGGAACCAUCAGUCAUGUGACUCAACAGCAUUCAGCUGAAUACUGGUGUGGAGUUCAGUCUGAUCAAGGACACAAGAGCUUCAUCACACGAGUCCUCCUCAGCGUUACAGACACAGAUGUUCCAAAAGCAACACCAUCAUUACUACCUUCAUCAUCAACACCACCAUCAUCAUCAUCAUCAUCAUCAUCAUCAUCGUCUGUUUUCAAAACAUCCACAUCUAACUUCACAUCAGAGUCUCCUAACAUGUUAAAAGGCUCUUCUCUGAUCAUUCCUCUCGUUCUGGUUCUUCUGGUUCUGAUCAUUGUUAUUGUCUUGUUACUAUUUCUCUAUAAGAAGCAUCAUUCUCGAGACAGUGAUUCAUCAUCUCAGACUGGAGCAGGAAAACAUGAAGUGGUUCGUCCAGUUACUGUUUCUCACACUGGUUGCGAUUAUGAGGAGAUUAAAUACACUCACAAACAAUUACCCAAAACCCCCUCUAAUUCAUCCAACACUGUUUAUGCCACUGCUCAGUUACCCACAAACCCCUCUGUUUCUUCUAGCAGUGUUUACGCUACAGUUCAGAAAGCCACUGGUGACUCUGAGAUCUUGAUCACAUCUGCUGAGGAUCUGAAUUACGCCGUGGUGAAUUUCCACAAGAAAGCGGACUGUCCUGACAGUGUCAGAUUGAGGAAUAAUCAGGACUACAGUGAAUACGCUGCUGUCAAUCAUCUCACUGCCUGA